AUGCUGACCGGGAGGCCCGGAGCCCGGAGCGCGGUCGCGGGACUGGGCACUGAAUCCUCGGACACGCGCGACAGAGCCCCCUUCGACCUUCGGCUGGGCGGCGGGCGUCACCGAGCUGGCGCUUACCUAGAUAUGAAAAUCCAUCUAGAGAAAAAUUUAGAAGAAGAGCGUCAAAUAUUAUUGCAGCAACAAAAAAUAUGUCGAAAUCGAGCACGUAAAUAUUCUGUGGAGUCAAACCGGAGAAAAAAAGCUUUUGAAGAGAAACGAAAAGAACAAGAAGAAAAAGAACACAGAAUUAGAGAACAAAUACUUCAACAGAGAAAACAGAAGUUUGAAGAAGUUACUGAAAAAUUCCAGCGUGCCCACAUUCCCCUUUCACAGCGGAGGAGAGCAGUUUUUCAAAAGCCGGUGCCUCCGUUAGAAGAGGCCCUCAAACAAAUUCAAGAAUCCAACUUCAAGUCAAAAGUAAACAUUUACUCUUCCCACAGACCAACAAUAAGCUGGAGAACUAUAGAUAAUGCCUUGCCUUCAUCACUGUCAAAAAAUGACCAGAAGCAUCAGAAACAUCUCUUAUCCAAAAUCAAUUGUGGUAAAGAAAUGAAGGAAAACAGCAGGAUGAACUUGGCUACUAACAAAGAUGCAUUCCAGCUUAAACUAGUGGAAACUCAGAAGCUCCUAGAAAAUCAGCAUCUAAGCAGUUUGCAAAAAUUUUGUGAUGAAGUUAACCAGAUAACAAAUUCUGAAACCCUCUCAAGUAUAGACAGUCUUGAGGCUGGAGAACAUGAAGAAAUCUAUUUAACACUUACUAAUAAGGAGCCUUCCACAUCAAUUCAGCAGAAUUCUAUUUUCCUCAAAUCAGCAAAUCUACAAUCAACUAAUCUAAGUUGCUUUGAUGAAGAUAAACUGUCAUUCUCUAAAACUCAACUUAUAAAUAAUUGGCUAAUAAGUUUAGAUGAUCCAAAUAUUCAAACUGUCACACCUUUCUCAGAUAUUUUAAGUAAACCUAAUAUUCUACCUUCACAUGAAUGUUUUAAUAGUAAAGAACAAAAUCCAUCUACUCUACAUGUAGAAAGAGUCACAAAUACUACUAAUAAUUUAGUAGACUUUGUAUGUAGUCCACCCAUAUUUGUACAUGAUAAAAAAACCAAAAAGACCUCUGAAACCAGCACUCUGAAGACAGCUGACUCCUCUUCUAGGGCAUUCAAAAGAGAGAGUACAUUAGUUACUGAGAGCCCAACACUUAAAUGCAGCACAGCCUGGAACACUCCAGAUUCUCUAACCCAAGAAAUGGCUACUAUGUCAGACCAAGUGAAAUAUUCUGAAUUAACUCAAGAAAACAGAACUACUUCGAUUCCUACUUCAUUUGCACCUGUGGAAACAUCUUUAAUUUUGCCAUCUAAUACACAAUCAGCUGAACCUUUACCAAAGAACAGUAUACAUAUAAAUGAAAUCAACCCAGUGCAGUGUUCUGAUAAGUUAGAGGAAGUGAAAGAUGUUAAAGAUGAAAAGAUAAACUAUUUUAGUUCUAGUAAGAUAGAGUUGCCUUUAUUUUCAGACAAUUUUCCAGAUGCUUGUAUACCUCACAACUCUGAUUCAAAAGAUAAAAAACAGAAAAUAACUGAAACAUCAACAUUAUUGUCUAAUGUAAUUUCUAAUUAUGACUUAGUUGGUCAGCACAAGAAAACAAAAUAUAAUAUUCAUGAAAGAAGCAGUGUGAGGUUUCUAAAAAGUAUUUUAAAGAAAGAAUCUAAAUACGAGCAUGAUUAUUUUAAGGCCCUAGUUAUAAAUCAAGGCCUUAAGUUAGGAAAUCAAAAAGCAGAAGCUAUCAGAGAUAGUAUUGAAUUAACAAAAGAAAAAGGGAAAGGGGCAGAAAUUCCAAAGACUAUGAAAAAACUGAGGUGGUUUGAUGAAACUGAAGAUACAAGAAAAAAUGCUGAUGGUAAUCAUUCCCUGAAGGAUGGAAUAGAAAUAUCUCAACAGCAGUCUCAAUCAUUGCACAUUCAAACUAAUAGUGAUGCUGCUAGCAACAUAAUUAGUGUCCCUGCUUGUGCUGUAAAUUCUUCUAAUAGGAAAAAGCCCAAGGAUGAUUUUAUCUCUGAAAAUGUUAAUGCUUUAGGAGGAUCUGGAACAAACCACAUGUCUUUGAACUGUUUUAUACCUCCAGAUUUUAACAUUGCUAAACAAAGCUGGCCAUCCUCAGAAAAAGAAGAAAGUAAAUCUCCUAUACAUAGUGGUGAUUCUACAACUCAGAAAGCUAAUCUACAAAGAGGUAGAGCAAAGGUAAUUAGGACAAAAUCUGCUAAAGUCCAGUCAGGGUUUGUGUAUCCAAAUAGAAAAGGCACUGUUAUUCAAGUGCAGUCUGCAAGCAAAGCCAACGCAUUUUUACAAGCUCAGGGUAAAUUAAUUGUCCCUCAUCCUCCUAAAUCUGCACCAAAUGUUAGGAGUGAUAAAAAUAUACAAAUGUCUCAGUGUCAAUCAGAAAUGCCUGAAAAUUCCCAAAACAUGAUUACAAAUAACUAUUUCGAUUUGAAACAUGUGCUUCCAACAGAACACAAGUUGAAUCAAUGGAAUAACGAAAGUAGUCUUCCACUCUCACAUGUUUGUUCUGACACAAGCACUGUGAUGCCAUCUCUACAAUACUGUUCUUCUGAGUGCCAAACUUUAGCAAAAAUAAAUCAUUCAAGUGGCACUCAAACCAUUGCGCAGCAAGAUGGGACAUUACACUGCACUCAAAGAUGUCCUGUUUAUGAAGACAGUCAUCACUCUGUGGCUUUUAGACCUACCAAAGAAGAAUCUAUUCCCUCUUGGAAAAGACAGCAUAAUAUUCUGGGUCAAAAUGAAAAGGCUGCUGAUUCUACUGUUACGAGAAGAAAACGAAUUGUUGAAAAUAAACAAAGAAAUCUUUUAGAGCAGAAAAAGCAAAAGCCUGGAUCUGUAGGACAGAAGUGCAGUGAGCAAAUGAAUAAUUUUGGACAAAGUGUCCAGCUAAGUUCAAGUGAGCCAAAACAAACAAGAGGUACUUCUAAUAUUGAAGAAGUUUCAGACAGUACUUCUGAGUUUUUGAUGGCUGAAAACCUAGUGAAAUCUUCAGUGCCUGAGGAUGAAAUUCUAACUGUCAUGAGUAACAAGCAGCUACAGAAACCAAAUCUGGCUUUAAAUAAGACCCAGCAAUUGGACAUUUGUGUACUGUCAGCUGAAGAACAGAAGAUUCUGCAGUCCCUUAACUGUCUCAAUGAAAGGUUAUACUAUGUACAAGAAACCAUUUGCAAAAAUCCAUCCAUCAAAAAUACCUUACAAAUAAUACCCUUCCUGGCUCUCAUCUGGACUUUUCAAGCUGACUUUCUUAACUUUGGCACCAAUAAGACUACUAGAAGGAAUGGCACUUCUAAAGUGUGAGCAAAAUGGCCAGCGUGAAAAUCUGUCGUAUCAAUCACAUCUUAAAAGUUCUCAGCGCUUCCCCUUCAGCGACUGGAGAAAAUGUGCACUCCUUACCAUGGCGACACGGCUCUUCGUGUUGAGUCCGCGCUGCUUACUUACCUAGCAUCAUCCUUCCCCCCUUUCCCACCACACCACUACUCCAAUGUGACAGACUCUACAGAUCCCAGACACCGCCUGCUAUUCAUGCCUCCUGGCCGUGCGCACCCUCCCCUUCACUAGGGAUGCCUUCCGUCACUCGGGAGAGGCAGGCAGCACGUGUUUGCUCUGAGCGGCCCUGUCAGCCUGUUUCAUUCAUUUCAUAUUCUCUCUUCCUCUUUGGUCCAGUUUGACACUGUCUGUGCUGAUAUAAAAUUCCAAAAAUCCUGUGGAUCCUCUGGAUAUGUUAUAGGAAUUCACGUCCUUAGACAAGAGGCUCCUCCUAGAUGGAUACACGAGUAUUUUUGGCUUCUGCUGAGGUAGUUGAGGGAAUCUAUAAGUCACACACUUAAUCUCUUCACAGAGCCAUUUUUGUGACUGAAUACUGUAAUCUUUUUAACCUUCCAUGACAUUAGGGGAAGAUUGUACAGCCACAACCUUAGCUUUUUCUAUUCUGACAGUGCAUCUUUUAAGUUUAGUCUCUUUUGAAAUCUGAUUAAACUGAGAAGUUCUCAAAUCACCAAGUCACAUUUCCUUUUUCUUUAACAGUGUCUGUCUCUUUCCUCUGGCAUUUUACUAGAAGCAGCAAGAAGAGAUCAGGCUGCGCCUUUAACCCUAGUAAUCUCCUCAGCAAAAGUAGUUUCCUAAAGGCAAAGGUGUCAGAAGCGUGCAUUUAUCUCCCUGUUUGUUUAAUCUGUACACAGAACAUUUCCUAAAAAAAAAAACUGGGCUAGACUCAGAGAAAGGAGUAAAACUGGUGGAAGAAAUAUCAACAAGAGGUGCAGAUGACACCAUUUUACUGGAAGAAAGUAACAAUGAUUUGAAAAGACUUCUGAUGAAAUUGAAAGAAGCAGACUGCAUUUGAACAUCAAGAAGACAAAAAUCAUGACUACAGAAGAAAUACACAACUCUAACAUAAACAAUGAAAA